CAUGCUCCUGUCGAGCCCCUGGAUGUCCCCAGGGCCCGGAGAGCCGGUAAUACCGGUGGGGAGGGCUCCGGGUGCAGGUUUCAUCCUGUCUUGACAACUCCGUGGGCUUUUCCAGACAUGGAGAGCAGGGCAGGUUCCCUCCUCAGCCUGGAGAGCCUUGUGCAAACUGCAUGCACCUGGCAGGAUGGGUUCAGGUGGAGGUGGAGGUGGAGCAGGAGGAGCGAGGGAGGGACAGCCAACCCCCUCCUGCAGGCCUGGCGCCCCGUGAUUGGGGUGGCGAAGGGCAGGGGCUGAACUGGGGAGGGAGAAAAAUAAAUACAUUAUUGAAAAGACCCAAAAAAAAGAGAAAACCCAAGCACUGAUCUGGCAGGUCGAGUCGUCUGGAGCCGCGCAGGAGGGAGGUGGCUGGCAGGAAGCCUGCAGCCAGGGCACCAGGAAGCUCCACAGCCCAGCCCGCCCUGCCACAACUGCAGCUGGACUUUGUCCCCCGGAAGACACCGAGCCGCUGGGGGCCCUCCUGCCAGGGGUGGCCUGCAGUGCUGCCAGCAGCUCCCCCACCAGUCGCCGGAGCACGCCAUGGCAGAUCUUUGCAGUGUGCCCCCCAGAAUCCUUAUCCCAGCCACCAACGAGACGCUGGAUCUGGCACUGGGGAGCCAGGUAGAGCUGAACUGCACUGUGCACUGGGCAGCUGCCGAGCGCUGCCAGCCUGUCCCAGCAUGGACCAAAGAUGGGCAGUGGCUGGGCAAUGCGAGCAGCCAGGACACUACCUGGCUGGCACCAAAUGCCUCGGAGCGUCUCCUCAGCAGCAUCCUGCAGCUCAACCUCACGCACGAUGCCGACUUUGGGGUGUUCGCCUGCUGGGUCAGCAAUGCCACGGCCACCUUCACCCUGCGGCGAGCGGAAGUGGCAGGGCACGUGCCCGCAGUGCUGGCAGCCCUGCUGGUCCUGGCACUCCUGAUGCUUCUGGCUGGGCUCUAUGUCAGAUGCCGCCUGAGCGUGCUCCUCUGGUACCGAAACCACUACGGCGAGCUGGAGAUCAAUGAUGGGAAGCUGUACGACGCCUACGUCUCCCACGCCGCCAGCCCCAACGACAGAAAGUUUGUCAACUUCAUUGUGAAGCCACAGCUGGAGAACCGCUAUGGCUACAAGCUCUUCCUGGAUGAGCAAACCAUCCUGCCCAACUCAGAGCCAUCAGCUGACCUCAUCAUGAACGUGAGCCGGUGCCGGCGUCUUAUCGUGGUGCUCUCCGUUGCGUACCUGGAGCAAGACUGGUGCAACAGCAGCUUCAGGGAAGGGCUCUGGAGGCUGCUGGAGCUUUCCAAGAAACCUAUCUUCAUCGUCUUCGAGAGCCAGUACCGAGAGAUCACCCACCCUGCCAUCAGCCUGCUGAAGCAGCACCGGAGCAUGGUGACCUUGCUGGUGUGGAGAGCUGGCUCCAUGACCCCAUCAUCGGACUUCUGGAAAGAGCUGUGCCUGGCCUUGCCUCGCAAGGUGUCCUUCCAGGGGACCAUGAGUGACCCACAGACCCAGCUGCAGGAGGACAAGGACCCAAUGCUGAUACUGCACAGCAGCUACCUCGACAGUGGAGGAGACCUCCACCCCGAUGGGGACCUCGGUACAGGCCUCCGUGGGGGCAUCUUCAGAAGCGCCCCACCUCCUCGCAUCAGUGGCCCCAGAGCUCCCAUGGCGUCGGCUGCAGGCGCAGCAGAGGACACGCAGCUGAGGGACGGCCAGAGACUGGAGAUCGAUGUCUCCGACCUGGGAUCGCGCAACUACGGUGCCCGCACGGACUUCUACUGCCUGGUGACAGAGGAUGACAUCUGAGAAGAGCCAUGGGCUGGCAAAGUCAGUGUCCCCGUCCCUGCAGGGCCACACAGACCCAGAUUGUGCUCAGAGGAGCCUGAGCCUUACGGUGGGAACGAAGCCAAAAUCUUGAUGGCAGAGACAGAAGCUGGCUCCUGGCUGGAUGCUCUGUAGUAGAAAACCAUGACCUGCUUGUAGAGCCUGGGCACCCGUGGGUGCUGGACCUUUCCCCUCCCCGUGGGCCCAAGGGACAUUUGGACAUUUGUCCUGCACGAUGGACAAGCAGUGGGAUGGGUGAUGCUCCCCAAGAAGCAACAUGCCCCAGUCCCACUGGCUCAGGAGCCAGGAAAUGCCCAGUGGCAGCAGCUGUGGUACCUUCUCAGCCAUGGAAAGCCCCGUGGCAAUAAAAUGCUGUUGCACCAAG